AUGGAGCCGCCUUCGUCGACGGCACAGGCAGCCGGAGACGCAGCCAGCCUGGACUACCUGCUGUGGAUUCUGCACUGUUCCGGUACCAUGCGGCACCCGCGGUCAGGCUCUUGGUCCACUCGCAUAUUCUACCUACGAUAUAUCUUCUGUAUAUUGACUAUCGGCUAUUACUGUGGUAUACUAGUGGUGCUGAUGUGGAGAGCGGGCUUCGACGAUUUCGAUUACUUCACUCUCGCACUGAGCCUCUUAGACACGUACGCAACGUGGAUUUUCCGUCUGGGACACAUCGCAAAACGUGAGCGGGAUUUCCACACGCUUGCUGUACAGGUGCGCGACGACUUUGGGGAAUUCAUGGCUCCGCGGGACGUGCCGCUGCUGCGCCGCCACAGCCGCAACCAGCGGCGCUUUGUGCUGGCCUACUUGUCGCUGGGAAUGUGUGACGUCAGCACGUGGUUGACGUCCCCCAUGAGGGACACCGGCCUGCCGCUGGACGUGAUUCUGCCCUUCGACACGGCGCACCCCAUUGGCUGGGCCGCCGGGUGGCUGUACUGUGCCUUCAUCACGGUGCACGCUGUGGUGAUGAACAUGAUGGCUGACGCCUUCAACGUUAGCCUCAUGGCGCAGCUCCGCAUGCAGCUUAUCAUUCUAAGAAAAAAUAUUAACGACUUGGCCAGCAAUGGCGAAAGCGCGGUAUCGUCAAAGUCACGGACAACCUUCAAGGGAGCUGAACGACCAUGGAAAUUGUAUACUCGAAUGUACAAGCCCUACCCACUGAGGAAGUUCAAUAAUCAUAAUCAGAAAAUGAAUUCCAUAAUGCUGGUAGCAGAAGCUAAAAAACAUCAACAGUCAUCUGAAUUUUCCAACAGCAACGAUAUACAUUAUCGACUGAAAAGGAUUAUCAUACAACAUCAAACUAUAAUCAGAAACACUGAGUUCCUGCAGAAGUGUCUUGGAGGCAUGUUACUGGGACAGAGCCUCGCACUUGGUGUUGCCAUCUGUAUUCUGCUGUUCCAGGUCGGUCUGAGUGCGCAGAGCGCGCGUGAGACGGGAAAAUUUGGCGCCUAUUUGUGCGCCAUGUUCACCGAGCUGUCUGUCUACUGCUGGUUCGGAGACAAACUCAUGUCAGAGAGCGAGAAGGUGGCGUUCGCUGCGUACGAUGUGGUGACGUCAAUGCAAGAAUGCCCCGUGUCCAUCAAACGGACGCUCCUUUUGAUCAUGCUCAGAGCCCAGAGGCCACUGUGCAUCACUGCCGCGGGGUUCUUCCCUUUCUCCAGGGAAUCCUUCGUGUCGAUCAUAAAUGUGUCUUACUCAUUCUUCGCCAUUCUUCGGAAUUUCAAAGAAGAAUAG